GGUCUCACCCCUCAGUUUUUGUCAGAGAAAAAGGAAGAACCACCGAGAGGCCUGACCCUGGGGGGGCGGCGGGCGAUGCGCGCGCGGAGUAGCGGGAAGCGACUGAAGAGGGGGACUAGGCAGCAUUUGAAUGGACGCGGGUGCCACUGGGACCCCGGAAAACGGCCGGGGGCCGGCGCUGUGGAGCCGGGCUUGGACUGGGAUGUGUUUGGAUUCCAAUCCGGGCCUGACAGCAGUUCAGUGACCUCGGGAAGUUCCCCAGCCCUCCGGGCCUGUUUCCUACCCCCGAAGUGGCGACGGUAAUAGAACCGACCUCGUAGGCUCAUCGGGAGGUCCUGAUGGGAGACUCCGUGCAAGUUGCUCACCACAGAGCCAGGCCCGCGGCGGUUGGCGCCUGGUGGGUAUUAAAGACAACUCGGGAAAGAAGAGCAGGUUGAUAGACUGGAUGAUGCUAUGGUAAUCUGCCUCAGGAAAAUGCCGGACAGUAGUUUGCAAGCUUGCUAAGUGAGCAAAACUUGGGAAGAUUUCAAGAUGUUAAACCUUAAUAACAUCUUGAAUCCAAAACUCAAUCUCUGCAUCUGUGAAAACUCAACCUGUGACAAAUGGGAAGCCAUUGAAGGAUUUUUGAGCAAAGAAUUCAAGAAGUGAGAUGAUGAAGGCAACGUCAUCGUUUGGAAAGCAUCGCAGUAAGACGCACAUGUUGUGCCACCGCUAUGGCUCGAAGGCCUACCACCUUCAAAAGUCGACCUGUGGCAAAUGUGGCUACCCUGCCAAGCACAAGAGAAAGUAUAACUGGAGUGCCAAGGCUAAAAGACGAAAUACCACCAGGACUGGUCGAAUGAGGCACCUAAAAAUUGUAUACCGCAGAUUCAGGCAUGGAUCCUGUGAAGGAACUACACCUAAACCCAAGAGGGCAGCUGUUACUGCAUCCAGUUCAUCUUAAGAAUUUCAAUGAUUAGUAAUGCAAUAAAUGUUCUGGUUUUAAAAA